AGUCUGAGUCGGAGCAGGGCCCCGGGGGGGAUGGCUGUGCACCCAGCAGCGGAGAGACCCCGAGAGAGUGCGCCGCAACCCCAUGUCUCCUCAGGGCUCCCUUCCCUCGCUCCCACCCAUGGAUGUGAUGGCGGCUCCUGCUCUGUCCUGGUGUCUGCCCCUCCUUGUUUUCUUCUUGCCCCUGGCCAUCCCUCGGGCAUCCACAGUGGCGAACGACACCUCCAGGCUCACAUGCUUCUACAACUCCAAAGCCAACAUCUCCUGUGUCUGGAGCUGGGAUGGGGACCUGAAGGCCACAUCCUGCAGGAUCCACGCUCGGCCAAAUCAACGGUCUUGGAACAAAUCUUGUGAGCUGCUCCCGAUGGGACUGGCGUCCUGGGCCUGUUACCUGAUCCUUGGAUCCCCGGAUACUCAGAGUCUGACUUCGGCCGACGUCGUCACCAUGAGGGUGAUGUGCCAUGAAGGGGAGAAGUGGAAGGUGUUGACGACCCAGAACUUCAAGCCCUUUGAGAACCUUCGCCUGAUGGCCCCCAACUCCCUCCAAGUCACCCACGUGGAGGCCCACAGCUGCAACAUAACCUGGAAAGUCCGUCAGUCCUCCCACUACAUUGAAAGAUACCUGGAGUUUGAGGCCCGGAAAAGGUCCCCAGGGCACCGCUGGGAGGAGGCCUCCCUGCUGCCCCUCCGGCAGAACCAGCAAUGGAUCUGCCUAGAGUCGCUCUCUCCGGACACCCUGUAUGAACUUCAAGUGCGGGUCAGGCCCCAGCUAGGCAAAAACAAGGCUUGGAGCCCCUGGAGUCAGCCGCUGGCCUUCAGGACGAGGCCCGCAGAGCCAGGGAAGGAGGCCGUGUCCUUUCCUUGGUUGGGUCAGAUCAUUAUGGGCAUCAGCAGCGCCUUUGGCUUCAUCAUCCUGGUCUACCUGCUGGCCAACUGCCGGUACAUCGGGCCAUGGCUGAAGAAGGUUCUGAAAUGUCACAUCCCAGAUCCCUCAGAAUUCUUUUCCCAGCUGAAGUCAGAGCACGGAGGAGAUUUCCAGAAGUGGCUCUCCUCGCCCUUCCCCUCGGCCUCCUUCAGCCCCAACACACCGGCACCUGAGAUCUCCCCGCUGGAGGUGCUGGACAGGGACGCCAAGGCCACCCAACUGCUCCUGCUGCAGCAGGAGCAGGCGCCCUCCGCGUCCUCAGCCGAGACCAGCGGCCACUCGCUGACCAGCUGCUUCACCAACCAGGGCUACUUCUUCUUCCACCUCCCGGAUGCUCUGGAGAUCGAGGCCUGCCAGGUGUACUUCACCUAUGACCCCUGCACGCAAGAGCCUGAUGAGGGUGGGCCCGGGGCGCCUGAGGGGUCUCUCCUCCCACCUUUGCUGCCUCCGCAGGGGGAGGACGACGCCUACUGCACCUUCCCCCCAGGGGAUGGCCUGCUGCUCUUCUCGCCCAGUCUCCUCGGCGGCCCGGGCCCCCCAAACACUGCCGCGGGGGGGCCCGGAGCUCAGGAAGAGAAGCUGUCCCCUUCUCUGCAGGAGGGAGCUCCCAGAGACUGGGCCCCCCGGCCCCCGAUGUCUCCCCCGCCAGGUGCACCCGAGCCGGUGGAAUCCCAGCCACCUCUGGAGGGCGCAGUGCAAGGAGCAAGAGAGGAGGUCCCGGGCCCCGGCCCCGGCCCUGGGGAGGGGGUCAGGGUCAGCUUCCCCUGGGCUAGCCCUCCUGGGCAAGGCCAGGUCAGAGCCCCUGCCUCCUGCCUGACCCUGAACACCGAUGCCUACCUGUCCCUCCAGGAGCUGCAGGAUCAGGACCCAGCUCGCUCGGUGUAGACACACGGCCAGGCGGGUCACUGCCCACUGUGGUGCCAGGGCCCCGCGGAGGACUUGUUGCCCUCAAGGCUUGUCCACGGCUGAGUCACGCGGUUUCUAGCUGUCCCCCGGAGGGCCCCCACCUAACCCAGCGCACUUGGCCGUUCACUUCCAAAGACUUCAGUCGCUGCUCCCUGGUCCUGUGACCCAAGUGCAGAGGGUGGGGGGCACCGUGACUCCCCAACUCCCUCAUCAGGCAUCGAGUCCCACGGCUUUUUGCCUCUGAAGCCUCCCUCCUCUUCAGCCCUGCAAGCACUGUUGAGGGAGAGUUCUCGGGGUUCUCCAGGGGUCUUCACCGUGCCCUCCUCACUGGGCUUCCUGCCCCCAUCUCCCUCCCUCCCACCCAUCCCCCAAAGGGAGGCCAGAACACUCUCUCCAGGAUGUAAAUAUGGCAAUGCCGCCCCUUGUUUAAAACCCUGCCAUGGCUCCUCUCCGCCCUCAGCACCACUGCUUGGCCUGGCCCUUGCUCCUGUAGCCUCAUGUUGGGACAGUGCCUUCCAGAACCCUCCCAAUGGUCCUACUGAGCCACCAGCAGUUCCCUCCUGCCCCCACGCCUUUGCACAUGCUGUUCCCCUGCACCUGCAGUGCCUCCCUCGUCCAGGGGACAGACUCCCCUUAUCCUUCAAGUGUCAGGUCGGCUUCCCUUGGAAGGAAACGCUGCUUCCAUUAAUGUUCCCAGACUUUCUGAUUCAGUGCUGGAGGGGCAGGCUCUCGGGGUCACGGGAUGGCUAGACAAAACGGCCUUGUUGCUUCACCCUUGGGGUCUCUCAUGACCUCAGCAUGCUUAGCUGCUGUGUCCCGACCACAGUACGGACACAAAUGCCCCAGGAGAGCAGACGCUGGCUGGAUGUUUCCAGAGUGGUUUCAGACGCCUAAGGCAUGCUGCUGGGAAGGAACUGCCCCCCCCCCAGGGCAUGUUCUGAUGCUGUUGCGGGGGGCUCAGAUCCGGGCCCCUGCCACUCCACCCUCUCCUGGAGGGAUCUCUUCCGCGGCUCAGGGGCUGGCACGCCGCCUCCAGAAGGGCAACUCCGUUCACUGCACUUGGUGCGGCGUGCCUGGCACCCCCGUCACAUUCCCUGAAUGCAAUCCUGAACUACCCGGUACCAUCUUGCUUGGAUUCCCCGUACCCGGCUGCCUUCACAUAGGGGACAUCGUCCACCUCACAGAGCACCCCCCGGCACCUUGACCCUUCUGAGGUCAAGCCUCAGGGAAGCAAAGCCCCGUGGCCACGAGGUUCCAGCAUGCCCAUUCCAGCAAGAGGCUCAUCCCCUUUCAAUGGCAAUCCUUCCCCCCAACACACACAGAGCUGGCCUCUUCCUUCUUAGUGCUCCCCACCACGUCUCCAUUUCUCUUCCUUCUGUCUCUGGCACGGAUCACACGUGUGAUGCCUGCCACCGUCUUCCUCCCGCACUAGAAACCUCAGCACGGAAAGGUCUACAUCCAAACUCAGCGGGGACUACCCAGGGCCUGCAUUUCUAGGCCCUGCUGCUAGCUGAUUGGGCACCUGACACAAGCCCACCCAUAGACUGACAGGCAGCCUAUGGGCUGGCUCAGAACAUAAGCUCUGUCCAAUCAGAGAGGCCUGGCCCUAACCGGCCCAUCAGGUUACUCUCGGUGUUGAGCUCAGGGAUGGGAGGGAGGGAGGCACCUGGGAGCAGGUGCAUGCGGCGAUGGGACUUCAGUCUUGUUAGCAGAGAGCGCCGGCCGCUGCUACAUAGACUCCUGCUGCCAAGGAAGCCACUGAAUGUUCACUCAAGAUUCUUAUUUUCCUUAUGUCCCAAAUAAACUCCCCUUUCCGGA